CUAACGAAAUCUUAAUUACCACAGGAAAAGAAAUCCAAAAAUAAAUCUUUUUAUUUUUACUUUAAAUAACAAAAUUACAGACAAGCUUUUUGUUGGUCCUACACUCCCUCCCCAUCAACAAACCCUAUUAUCUCCUUAAAACCAAAAGACAGGAAAAAAAAAAAUUCAUAACCCAAACUGUAAAAAUACUAUUCAUAGCCAUUCACAAACCCAUCUCCUAAAAUUUCUUGCUAAAGAAGAAACCAAGAAGAAGAAGAAAAAAAAAACAAGAGGAAGCAAAAAAAAUAAGCCUAUCUAUUUUUUCUCUUCCUCCUCAUUGAGCUUUAACCCUCCCCUUCCUCUCGCCCUUUUACUGCAACAAUGGGGAAUUGUUGCUCUCAUGGACAAGAACCAUCUGACAACACAACCGACGAACCGGCGGCUCAGAACCCGACCAACCCAGCGGAAACCUCUGCCGCCGCGUCCAAACACGCGCCCCCCUCCCCUCCUCCUGCAAUCAAACAAGGCCCUAUCGGACCUGUCCUAGGCCGACCCAUGGAAGAUAUCAAGGCCUCGUUCUCGUUGGGCAAAGAGCUUGGCCGCGGCCAAUUUGGCGUCACCCAUCUUUGCACCCACAAGGCCACGGGCCAUCAAUUCGCUUGCAAGACCAUAGCUAAGCGGAAGCUCGUGAACAAGGAGGAUAUCGAGGAUGUGAGAAGGGAGGUUCAGAUAAUGCAUCACCUGACUGGACAGCCGAACAUCGUCGAGCUUAAGGGAGCCUAUGAGGAUAAACAUUCCGUGCAUUUGGUUAUGGAGCUUUGUGCCGGGGGAGAGCUGUUCGAUAGGAUCAUCGCCAAAGGGCAUUACUCGGAGAGAGCCGCUGCUUCAUUGCUAAGGACGAUAGUUCAGAUUGUGCAUACUUGCCAUUCCAUGGGAGUUAUUCACCGGGAUUUGAAGCCCGAAAACUUUCUGUUGCUCAACAAGGAUGAGAAUUCUCCUCUCAAAGCCACCGACUUUGGGCUAUCAGUGUUCUACAAGCCAGGAGAGGUGUUCAAGGAUAUUGUGGGCAGUGCUUAUUACAUCGCACCAGAAGUCUUGAGAAGGAAGUACGGACCAGAGGCUGAUAUUUGGAGCGUCGGUGUCAUGUUGUAUAUCCUCCUAAGUGGUGUUCCACCCUUUUGGGCGGGUAAAGAUUCCGUUCCAUUUACAUUCAUGCGUUCCCGUUACCUGUUGAUAGAGUCUGAGAAUGGGAUAUUCAACGCCAUCCUACGAGGACAAAUUGAUUUUUCAAGCGAUCCUUGGCCGGUCAUCUCACCUCAGGCAAAGGACCUUGUUAGGAAGAUGCUUAACUCGGACCCCAAGCAAAGAUUGACGGCCGCACAAGUUCUCAACCACCCAUGGAUCAAGGAGGAUGGAGAGGCACCAGAUGUUCCUCUCGACAAUGCGGUGAUGUCCAGGCUCAAACAAUUCAAAGCAAUGAACAAGUUCAAGAAAGUUGCUUUACGGGUGAUAGCAGGCUGCUUAUCAGAGGAAGAAAUCAUGGGAUUGAAAGAGAUGUUCAAAGGCAUGGACACUGAUAACAGUGGAACAAUAACACUUGAGGAGCUAAGGCAGGGACUUGCUAAGCAAGGCACCAGAUUGUCAGAGUACGAAGUCCAGCAGUUAAUGGAAGCCGCCGAUGCAGAUGGUAAUGGAACAAUAGACUACGGUGAGUUUAUCGCAGCCACAAUGCACAUCAACAGACUCGACAGAGAAGAACAUCUCUACUCUGCCUUCCAACACUUUGACAAAGACAACAGUGGAUAUAUCACAAUGGAAGAGCUGGAGCAGGCCCUUCGGGAAUUUGGCAUGAAUGAUGGCAGGGAUAUUACCGAAAUAAUCUCUGAAGUCGACUCUGAUAAUGAUGGGCGGAUAAACUAUGAUGAAUUUGUGGCAAUGAUGAGAAAAGGAAACCCAGAUCCUAAUCCAAAGAAGCGGCGUGAACUGUCAUUCAAAUGACCCCAUUGUUGAGGUAGAGGAAGAGAGAAGAUAGAAACAAGAAAAGAAAAAAAAAAGAGAGCAGCACAUACAAUGAGAAACUUCAUCUUUUGAUGGCGAAAGCAAAUUUCAGAAGCACAUCUGUUCUACAUAUGCACAGAAUGCUAGUUAUUGAAUCGGAGGGGGGAACUUCAAAAGAGGUGAUGGCUCAUGAAGGGGAAAAAAUCAUUAACUGGGAUUAGGGAAUGUGAGGUGUAUUGUGUUCAUACAUAUUUUUUUCUGGUUGUUCUAUUAAUUCAUCAAAAAUGCCAGGGUUUCUCAAUGUACCUAAUUCGUUUCAACUCUAA